AUGUCAAUUUAUUCUCUUCAUAUUUCAGGAUUAAAACACAUCACUGAUAGUGUUUAUUGCAAUCAUUAACUACCAGAAUCUAAAAAAUCAGCUAAAGGACAUCAUAAAUUAGUUAGCUCCCAAUUAUUUAAUUAAAUAGUUCCCACUAUCUCAGAUUAGCAAAUUACAAAACCAACUCAUCAUAAAACAUCUCUCAAAAAAACUAUCUAUAGUUAUAUUGAUACUAUUAAUGAUCCUAAAAAGAAUAUUCAUAGCUCAAGAUUUCCACUAAAUUAUGAAACAAUGAUGCAUAGAAAUGAUUUUCAUUUAAAAAAAUAUUAUCCAAAAGGAUAAUCUACAGAGAAAGACUGGAAAUCAUCUAUUCGAACUUAUCAUACAGAAAUCACAUAAAAAUCUGUAUCACCUCCAGUCAAUUAAAAAACUUAAACUUUUUAACAAUCAAGAAAUCCAAUUUUAUCACCUUAAUCAGAUAAAAAAUCAAAACCUGUAAUUAUUUAUAUUUUAAAUAUAAGACUAAAAAAACAAUAUUUGAUAAGGUACCAAAAAAAGAAAAUAAAAAUGGAAUCAAAAUAUUUAAAUAAGCUAAUUCUUCAUAAGGAUUUAUUAAUACUCUAGAUUAGAAUAGUCCUACUAACAAACCAAUUACUAUAAUAUCUCCUAGAUUUGGUGAAGGAGUUUAAAUGAAAUAAAUAUUUUCUGAGUUUUUCGUUAACGUAUAAAUACAAAAUUAAUAUUAAUUUAGUAAUAAACCAAGAAAUGA